UUCAAAUGACAUGUUAAAUGACAUGAGGACACACUUCUGCUCCAAAUCUCUCUGCUUCAUACGCCUGCCUUAUCAUAUGACGAACAACAGUGCAAAAAAGGGAAUUCUUUGCAAUAUCACCUAAAACUGCUUAUUUUAUAUUGCUUGGUUUACUGUCCACAGAAUGAAAAGCUUCGUGGCGGUGUGCUGUCUGAGUUUUCUGCUGGGUCUUGUGGCUGUAGUUGAGGGUGAUGAAGACUACACUGAGGAUGAAGAGAUGAUCCUGUCUUUAAUUCUGCAGGAUGACACCCAGCCUGAAGCAGAGAGCAGGCCAUCCGCCCAGUUUUACAGGUGCACUAAGGACGCGUGGCGCAUGCCGGGUCAGUAUAUCGUGGUGAUGCGGAACGGAACGCACGUGAACCAGGUGGAGCGCACAGCGCGCAGACUCCGCGCAAAAGCCGCCAAACGCGGAUAUCUGAUCGAAAUACUGCAGACGUAUUCAGGAGCUUUCCACGGGUUUCUGGUGAAAAUGAGCAGCGAUGUUCUUCACAUGGCAGUAAAGCUUCCCCAUGUGGAAUACAUUGAAGAGGAUUCCUCCAUCUUCGCCCAAAGCAUCCCAUGGAACCUGCAGCGCAUCCUUCAAAACAAACAUGAGACUGGAAAAUACUCACCACCCAAUGACGGAGCAAAGGUGGGAGUGUAUCUUUUGGACACAAGCGUUCAGGUGACUCAUCGCGAGAUUGAGGACAGGGUGAUGGUGACGGACUUCAACAGUGUGCCGGAGGAGGACGGGGUCAGAGUUCACAGACAGGCUAGUCAGUGUGACAGUCAUGGCACGCACAUAGCAGGUGUGGUCAGUGGACGGGACUCGGGUGUAGCUCGAGGUGCCAGUGUAAACAGCGUCCGCGUGUUGAAUUGCCAAGGCAAGGGCACCAUGUCAGGAGCUUUGGCAGGUCUGGAGUAUAUUCAGUCGUCUCUGAUGUCUCAGCCUAUCAGACCUGUGAUCCUACUGCUGCCAUUUGUAGGGGGAUUCAGUCGCACCCUCAACGCUGCCUGCAGGAAAAUGGUGGAAUCUGGCGCAGUGCUUAUUGCUGCAGCUGGUAACUACAACGAUGAUGCUUGUCUGUACUCACCAGCCUCAGAGCCUGAGGUGAUAACAGUAGGGGCCGUUAAUUUUGCUGACCAGCCCUUGAGCACUGGGACGACAGGCACCAACGUGGGCCGCUGCGUGGAUGUGUUCGCACCCGGUGAUGACAUCAUCAGCGCGUCCAGCGAUUGCUCCACCUGCUUCACCACCAAGAGUGGAACGUCACAAGCAGCGGCACAUGUUGCUGGUAUAGCGGCAGUGCUCCUAAAUUUGAAUCCGAACUCGAGUUCUGCUGAGCUUCUGCAACAGCUUCUCCGUCAUUCGGUCAAACAGGUCAUUAACCCAGAGUCUCUGCCACUGAUCCACCGUCUCGCUACACCCAACAUGGUGGUCGCCCUGCCUGACCCGACCUCCACACUCACAGGAGAGGAUCUGCUCUGUAGAUCCGUUUGGUCUGAGCGGUCAGCUGUUAAAGGUUUUGCCACAGCUACAUCCCGCUGUCGUCACGGUGAAGAGAUGCUGAGCUGCUCUAGUUUCUCACAAAACGGAGCAAGAGCUGGAGAAAGAGUGGAGGAGAGAGAUGGGCAGAAAGAGUGUGUUGCUGUCAAUGGGAAUGGAGGGCAAGGUGUGUUCGCUGUAGCGCGCUGCUGCACAGGCCACAAAGCUCAGUGCCAGAUGUUAGAGAGUCCCCAGAGAGGUGCGGAUGCAGAGUGUCCUCCAGACCACCAGCUGACAGGCUGCAGUUCUUCCUCUUCAUCUGGAGAUGCAUCGGACUCUGAUCGACCUCUACAUGGCGUCCGCAGGGCAUGUCCUGCUAAAAGGGGUGUAACGUCAUCAUACGCCUCCUGCUGCCACACAACCUCUCUGGAGUGCCGGCUGAAAGAACACGACUCUACGGGUCUCAGCGAGCAGGUGGAGGUUUCAUGUGAAGACUCGUGGACACUGACAGGCUGUCAGGGUCUGUCGCGUGGCUCUGUCGUUCGUGGGGCAUUUGCUAUGGGAAACAACUGUGUAGUUCAUACAUCUGGAGGAGAUAAAGGAGCUGCUGCCAUUGCCACCUGCUGCAGGCACCACCCUUCUUACCAGCCGUCUGACCACUGAGGGAUGUGUUCUUUUCUUUUCUCACGUCUCUAAACAUGUAACCAUGGACAUAACUGCUAUAACACACAUAGUUGGAGGCGUUACACAAGUGAGCUCAGUUCUGUCAUUAUGCAAUGUUACAUGACAGAGAAGUGCAUUGUAACCAGUUCUGGACAUAAUCAUAUUCAAUCUAGAAACUCUACAAGGAGCACUAAAACACUUUAAAAGGCCUUUAAACAGCAAAACAUUUAUACAUGCAUCAUUGCAUUAAUAUUAGAAUUCAGACUGAUACCGAUAAUUAUUUUCAUGUGGCUAUACAAUUCCUUAAAUAAUAAUAAAACCCCCCACUAAAAUUGAUAAAUUGUUUUAAAAUCUAAAAGUGAAUUCAGGGAUCACUGAAAAAUGGGUAUUAAUUUUGAGAUUUUCUAAAAAUUACAUUUUACAGUGGUAUAGCGAGCGUUAGAUGACAACUAACUAUUAAAAUAGAGGAAAUAAGCAUGUACAAUGAAAUAUAGAAUAUGUGUCAAUAUACUUAAAAUAUGCAGCAAUACUGCUUAAUUUAAAAAAAACAACAACAAUAUCAGUAACGGAUAUUAUAGAUAAUACCACUUUGACUGGAUUUAGGACCAGCACUUUUCAUUUUUAUAUUAACAGAAUGUAUUUAAAAUAUGUACCAAUACUGUUACAAAAACAAACAAAAAAAAUCUCCAAUAUCGGUAACCGAUAUUAUAGAUAAUACCACUUUGACUUAUUCAGGACCAGCACUUGUCAUUUUUAAGUUUACACAUAUUCUGAAUUGAAACAGCUCUAUUUUCACUAUUUCUGGCAAGAGCGUUUUCUCCUAUUAUGCAUGUGCACUGUGUAUAAGAGUGUAAUUCUUUUUAUAAAUAUAUUUUUAUAUUGCAAACUUUAUGACAACUUCAUGUAAUAGUCUACUUCAGACUUGGCACAUACAAAAUCACACAGUCUGAAAAGUUGUGCAUUCCAGUUUUUCCUUUUUAUAUCAAAUGUUUUCAUUGUCAAACUCUGAUGUACAAAUUAAAAUGUGGUUUUAACAUGCA